CGAGGCCGCGUGGGCUGGGGCGGUCGAGGCGCGCGCGUCGUCGGGUGCUGUCGUCGUCGCUCCGCUCGUCUCUCGGCACAUCGAUUUUCUCGAGUCGAUGGCGGCGGCGGGCACGCUGCCGCUGCCGCAGGCGCAGCUGCGGCUCGCUCUCUCUCGCGUCGUGCUGCUGCUCGGCUCGGCGCCGGUCGGACCGACGACCGUCGAGCGGCUACAGCGACUGGCGGGCACGCUGCCGACGGUGCGGUUCGGGUCGACGGAGACGUGCCUCCAGGUGAUGGGCACGUCGCCGGCGCUGGCCGAGGAGGCGCGGCUCGACGCCUUCCGUGCAGGCUGGAGCCACACGUACUGCGGCGCCGAGGCGGCCGGCUACUUCAUCGGGAGGCCGCACCCGCCGUACACGGAGGUGAAGGUGGUUCGCUCUGUGGACGAGGGCGAGGCGGGCUAUUUUGAGGAGUGCGCCGAGGGCGAGCCGGGGCAGCUGGUGACGCGCGGAGAGAACGUGAUGGCGGGGUAUGUGGGCGACGCCGCGGCGACGGCGAAGGCGCUUCGCGACGACGGCUGGUACCUGAACUUGGGGGACGUUGGCUUCUGGCUCGGCUCGGCGAGUGAUGGCGGCCGCGACUUCUAUUGGCGCGCGCGCGACUCGGCGCUGCUCAUCAAGGGCGGCGCAAACUACUCGUUCGAGCAGAUCAAUUCUGAGCUCUCCGCUUUCCUCGCCGCGCACUACGGCCUCGGCGACGGCUCGCUCGCCGUGGCGGUGGUCGGCCUCCGCCUCGCCUCCGAGCACGAGGACGAGUGCUGCGCCACCGUCGAGCUCGCGCAGGAGGCGGAGCACAAGCGCGGCGAGAUGGAGCGCACCCUGCUCGCCGCCUGCGCAAAGGGCGUCUCAAAGGGGUCCAAGCCCGACCGGGUGCGCUUCGCGCCCAUCCCGCGCAACUUCAAGGGCGCCAUCCAGCUGCCCGCGCUGCGGGAGGAGUGGAAGCGCGAGCUCGCCGCCGGCUCCAAGUGAAAAGAGGCCGUCGUCGUGUGAGUCAGCCUGUAGUCGUCAGUCGUGUGAACAGAGGAGAGAGGAACAGGGAUGUAGCUACCGAGGUGAGGUUGUGCCAGGAAUUUUGUUUUUUUCUGUCCUGAGUUUUUCC